ACGACUAGGAUACCAGGAUAGCUCAGCAAGGGGUGAGGCCGUGUUCCAGUCGUGCUCGUGCUAAAACUCAGUAUUUCAGCAGUCAGACUGCGUGUUAACCGUCAAAAAGCGCCUCAAAUAUUGUUUAGACAUUGUUGUAACUACCACAAACAUGGGACCGGGUUAGGUUGGUAAGAAUCCGAGUUAUCGGCGUCAAAAGGACGACCUUUGACGUGAGAGCUUCUGUCUGAGGAGCCGCCAUAUUGAAACUGCAGCUGUUGACACACUGGAUAGUCGACAGACAGAAACAAGCCUUAACAGUGAUGACAGACUGAACUUAAGAAGAUUUCAGCACGACAGAGACUUGGGAACACACCAUACAUCCUUCUACAGCUCAGCAGUUUCUGGUUAAAUUUAUGACCCCAACUUAAUCACCAUGGCAUACAGAAGAUUACUUGAACUUCAGGAGUCCCAUCAGUCAUACCGCGCCCCCACCCCUCCCCCCAACGCUGACACAGUCGAUCAGGCACUACUGGCUCUGGAGCGACAAACAUGCAGCCUUCAGCAGCAGGCAAGUCAGGACCAAGAAGUCGGGCGCCACAGACCUCAGAGACCUCCUGUUAACAACAAGAACAGGUACGCAAGAUCAUCCCCAACAAAAGAGGAGCGGUAUAGAGCCUUGGACCAGCACGCAGAGAGACUGUACCACCACAAACUGAAGACCCAGAUGUUUGGGGAGGACCUCAGCGCCUCCAAGCUGCCGCCCAAGAAGCGAGGUAAGAAAGUACGAGCACAGGAGAAGCUGCACCAACUCGAGCAGGAGCGCCACAACGCCGUACCCUUCAACGAAGAUCACCAGCAGGUCCGAAUGGCCCGCACCACGGCUAUGUUUGGUGAGGACUUAUCUAAGAAGGCCUCAACCUGUAGGAUGCCCGCACAGCCUAGCCUGGUUGGAGUACAGACCUCAGAGGGGAUGGUGGGAGAGGAGAGGAUGCGGUGCCGGAUGUAUCCUGACAAAGAUGAAGAGACCGUCUACGUAACGCUGGAAGAGCGCCGCCCUCACAGACGGAAGCAAGCAGCAUCCAAGGACUCGGAGAAGACUACCACCAAGCUGCCUUCCCUGACUCCACAGCACCACAGUCUGACUGGAAAGAGAACUGCAGCAGGCAGCACCAUCUCUGACCUUCCCUCAGUAAGUUUUAGUUGAAUGAUCUUUUUGAAAUUUACAGUUAAC